CAACAUGCAGCAAACCCACAGCGAGCUGCCGUCGCUUCGAGCAACCAUCAGGCUUGGGGGCAAAGACUCGAAUACUCCUACUCCCUGGUUUGAUGUCAAGUUUUACCCGUACACACCACCAGGUGCGGACCCGGUCUUUGCCGUGACAGGAGGCUGCAAUACCGUAAUCUGUCGAUGUGUCUUGCAGAAGGAGAACUCCAUCGAGAUCAUCCGGUGGUUCAAAGACGAUGACGAGGACGUCGCACUUAACAGCAUUGAGUGGUCACGUGCAGCAAAUGGAGACCCACUCGUCUGCGUAACGGGAGUAAACCCCCUUAUCAAGGUUCUGAAUGUUAAGACAGGCGGACUGGUAACGACGCUUGCAGGGCAUGGCGAUAGCGUCAAUGACCUUGCGACGUCUCCCGCAGACCCUAACAUCAUAGCAUCAGCUUCCAAGGACAAAGCUAUUCGAAUAUGGAGUCUAGAUCCCGACCAUAGGAAACAACCAACCGCAGCCAUCUGCUUCGGCGAAGGCCACAAAGAAAAUGUGUUGGCUUUGGGAUUUCACCGGAAAGGCCAGUACCUCCUCUCAGGUGGGAUGGACACGACGUUGAAUCUGUGGAUGAUUCCCAAAUUUCAGAAAGAAGAUUUGGGAACCGACAAUCCCUUGCUGAUUCACUACCCUUAUUUCUCUAGCACUGAAUUACACGUUGAUUAUGUUGAUUGUGUGAAAUUCCACAACGAUCUCAUCCUCUCCCGCGCCUCCAAAGAAAACAAAAUACUCCUCUGGCGCAUCGACCACUUCGACUCGAACAAACCGCCUCCAACCUCCGCCCCUAUGCCUCCCCACCAAGUCAAGUUCAUCGACAAGUUCGAUAAAUCUAAUAGGAGCAACACGUUGGAACACGUUGCGUAUUCCCACGCAACUAGCACGCGGUCUGCCUGGGGCGGCCGGUUCCAACGCCUGUUGCAAUUUGAUGAACCUUUUUCCGAGUUCUUCUAUAUUCGGUUUAAUUUAUUCAGCGAGUUAGGUAAACACCCAGUGCUUGCGGCGGGCAACGACAGGAGUCGAGUGUUUUUCUGGGACUUGCAGAGACUGGAAGAAGCUAGUGCGACAGGAGAGGACUCUAAACAGCCAGAGAAGAAGACAAAAAAAGAUACAGUACUGAGUCGAGUUCGUGAAGGCAGUACCUAUUCAAAUGCGUCUUCCGGGGCUGUAUCCAUCAGCUCUGCGCCCACUUCGACCACUAUUUCUGCAGAGUCGACAUCUACGAAAUCUGCGGUGAAGUCGAAGCAGGUGAAGGAGAGGGAAAAGGAAAAGGAGAAGGAGAAGGGCGACCGCACGACUGGAAUCGGUGAUCCGUUCCGUUCAAUACAAGCCCAUAAGACCGUUAUGGUACCUAAGAUUUCGUUCAUGGUGCGCCAAGUAAGCUGGUCGCGAGCAGGCGACUGGUGUGUUGCUUGCGGAGAUUAUGGGAUGAUCUGCCUCUUCUCAAGAUGGGAAACUGGAAUCCCGGAUCCAGAGGGCUGAGGUACAAUUAUUUUUGGAUGUUUCUAAAAUGGGAAGGAUGCCGAAGAAGUAGCACGUCUUCGCCGCUGCCGCCCAAGGAAAGGGGAAGUGCCAUCAUAAAUCUUUUAGUCGGAUUGGCUCAGUUGACAAAAAAUACCUUUGCUGUUAAAUAGGCUCUGACAGCUAGCUGCUUAUAGUAUGAGCACUUAAGUAGCAAGAGUAAG